AUGCCCGGGGCGGGGCGCGGGGCGGGAGCGCGGAGCCGGCGCGGGGGACAGCGGUGCGGAGUCCGCGGGUCCGCCCGCCAGCCCGGCCGGAGGCAGCCGAGGCCGCUCGCGCGGCGGCCGCGGGAUCCCGAGCGCAGCGUGCCGAGGAGACGGAUCGGCGGCACGGCUGGAGCCAGACCGCAGCCCGGGUCUGCGGCGCCGUCAUGCGGGCUUUUGGGCAGCACUGAAGAACCAGCCUGGCUCCGGGGGCUUCGAAAGGACUCCAGCCCCCCAGGACCCCUGCCCUCAGCCCUCUGCUGCCCACAGGAUGGGAGCCUGGGGGCUGGGGGCCCGGCCAUGAGGGAUCACUGCCCCUCUCCGCUAAAGGCCAGCGCGGUACCGCCCAGGCAGACCCCGGCCCAAAGCCCAGGCAUGGACUCCGGGCGCAGCGGCAGCCCCAGCAGGGCUGGGGAAGGGGCCUCCAGCUCUGACGGUCCCGGCGGGAGCUUGGCCUGCCCGUCCCUGACCUGCAUCCCCCCCGAAGAGGCAGCCACCACGGAGGCAGUGGGGACACAGGGAGCCUCGAACUCAGGGACACCAGAAGUCACCUUCUCUGGAAAGCCAGAGCCUGUGUCCUCAGUGAAAAAGGAUCCCUCCUCCUUGGAGAACAGAAAUCCUAUGUUCUCGGAGAAGAUGGACGCCAAGUCUUCAAAGCAGGCAGAUUCCACCUUCACAGGAAAGGAAGAUGCCAGGCCCUUGAGAGAGACGGGUCCCAUGUUCACAGGAAAGGCAGAGCCUGCAGUCUUGGGAAAGGGGGGUCCUGUGGCCUCUGGAAGGAUGGAUCCUGGGGCCCCAAGAGAGGAGGACCCCCGACCCUCGGGAGAGGCAGGCCCUGCGCGCUUGAGCAAGGUGGGUCCAGAGUCCCCAAGGAGGGCGGGUCCCACGUCCUCGGCCACAGUGGACCCUGCACGCCCGGGACAGGAGGAGCCCAGGUAUUCGGGACAAAAGCUUCCUGGAUCCUCAGAAGGGGCGGGUUCUGCACCUGCUGGCAAGGCAGACCUUGGGUCCUUGGGAAAGAGAGAUCCUGGACCCUCAGGGAAGGGGAAUCCCAGGUCCUCGGAAAACACCGAGCCUGCAUCUGCGAGAAAGGCAGGUCCUGGGUCUGGUGGAUCACUGGCUCCAGGGUCGUCAGGCGAAACCGAGCCCACCUCCCACAGAACAGCGGCUCCAGGCCCGACCGGAGGGGGCCAGCUCUUGGAAACGACAGACCCUGUAUCUGUGGGAAACAUGGAAACUGUGUCCUCUGCAAAAGAGGACCCUCAGCUCCUGGGAAUGAGGGAUCCUGCCGCCUCAGGAAAGGGGGAUCCCGCGUCUUCGAGAGUGACCGAAACUGAGUCUGCUGGACAGGCGGCAGCUGUCUCUUUAAGCGAGGUGGGCCCAACCUCUUCGGGAAAGGUGGACCCCGCGUCCUCAGGAAGGCCAGAGCCCUUGUCUCCUGGGAGAGCGGAAGUCCCGUCGGUGGGAAAGACGGGAGGUGUGUCUGCGGGGACGGAGGACCCAGGCUCCUCCAGAAAGGCGGGUCCCCUCAGUUCUGUGGGAAAUACAAAGACAUCAUCUUCUGGGAACGUGGAUCCUGAAUCUUCAGGGAAGAUAGGCCCUGUGCCCUCAGUCCCAGGGGAUCCCAAGUUCUCCAGAACAGCGGGACCCUCAUCCUCUGUAAAGGCCGAGGCGGUGGCUGGCGGGAAGGCAGCGCCACUGUCCUCAGAGAAGGCAGGCCCGGCAACCUCUGCAAAGACGGGUCCCACAGCCUCAGAGAAGGCCGAGCCCCAGCCCUUGGGCAAGGCAGACCCUGUGAGCAGGGGGAAGGCAGAAGGCAUGUCCCCGCGCGAGGCAGGCUCUGUGUCUGCAGGAAAGGUAGCCCCCACGACCCCAGGGGAAACAGCCCCGGCUCCCUUGGGGAAAGCAGAUGCUUCGGCGGCGGAGGAAAAGGAGGGUCCCCUGCCUCCAGAGAAGGGGAAUCCUGUGAACUCCACAAAGGUGGACCCCAGGGCCUCGGGGAAAGCAGAACCCAAAUCCCUGGGCAAAGCAGCCACCAAGCCCCCUGAGCAGGAGGGUCCUGCUUCAUCAGGAAGAGCAGAGACUGUGUCUCUGCUGGAGAAGCCCCUGGCCUUGGAGAAGGGGGAUCCUGGAUCCUCAGGAAAAGCAGGCCCUGUUGCCUCGGGAAAGGUAGAGCCCGUGGCCCUGGGGAAGGCUGACCCCGCACUGCCUCCAGGAAAAGCUGAGCCGCGAUCCUCCGGGAAUGUGGCCCCCCUGACUCUGGGUCAGGCGGAGGCCUCCUCCCCCAGGGAGUCAGAUAUCGAAGCCUGCGGCUCCGCCUCUGCUCCCUCGGGUGCUGGGAGUGGUGGGAACCUCGUGGAACGAGUGCCAGCGACCAGCACCGAGGCCUGCAGCCCGGGGCAGAAAGAGCCGGUGGCCGCUGGGGCCCAGGGAAGCCCCGGCUCGGAGGCUGAAGCGCCCCGGCCCGGGCCGCGGACUCGUGACAACUUCACUAAGGCGCCGUCGUGGGAUGCAAGCGGCCCGCCGCCACCGCCGCGUGAGGACGCGGGGACGCAGGCAGGCGCGCAGGCCUGCGUGUCGGUGGCGGUGAGCCCCAUGUCUCCGCAGGAUGGCUCGGGCGGCCCGGCGUUCAGCUUCCAGGCGGCGCCGCGCGCGCCCAGCCCCGCACCUAAGCAGCCAUCGCGCCGGGACGCGGGCCUGCAAGUGUCGAUGGGGGCCGCCGAGACACGCUCUGUGGCCACAGGGCCCAUGACGCCGCAGGCCGCCGUGCCGCCCACCGCGCCGCCCGCCUUCCCCGAGGUGCGGGUGCGGCCCGGCUCGGUGCUGGCUGCCGCCGUGGCGCCCCCGGAGGCGGCCGAGCCCGUUCGCGAUGUAAGCUGGGACGAAAAGGGCAUGACGUGGGAGGUGUACGGCGCCGCCAUGGAGGUGGAGGUCCUGGGCAUGGCCAUCCAGAAACAUCUGGAGCGACAGAUCGAGGAGCACGGCCGCCAGGGGGCACCCGCGCCGCCCCCUGCCGCCCGCCCGGGCCCCGGCCGUGCAGGCUCGGUGCGCACCGCGCCUCCCGAAAGCAACGCAAAGCGCCCGCCUGGCCUCUUCCGCGCGCUGCUGCAGAGCGUGCGCCGGCCGCGAUGCUGCUCGCGGGCGGGACCCACGGCCGAGUGA